AUGUUAUCUUCGUGGAAGACUUGCUGUGCGAGAAUACCACAACGAUGGUUAUUCGCAGUGAUGGGAUGUCUGGCGACCACUCUCAUAUUCUCCAUGCGGAAUUGCCUGUCAACUGCCAUCACCGAGAUGGUUAUCACCGCUACAUCAUCGUCCAAUAGUACCACUUCAGACGACACCUGUCCAUCAACAGAAUCCACAUCAUCGACAACUUCAAGUAGCAGUGGCAUUUACGAAUGGGAUGAAUACACACAGGGUCUCAUUUUAUCCAGCUUUUUCUGGGGGCAAGUGAUAACUCCAAUUCCCGGAGGGAUCUUGGCCGACAAAUAUGGAGGAAAGCAAAUCCUGGGUUUCUGUAUUUUAACGAUAUCGAUAUUCAGCCUACUGACGCCAGUAGUGGUUCAAACAUUCGAUGCAACGGGCCUGAUGGUCCUCCGAGUGCUGAUGGGACUAUGCUCUGGAAUAUUUUUUCCUGCCUUGAAUUCUCUCAUAUCUCAAUGGGCACCCCCCCAAGAAAUAUCAAAGAUUGACGCUCUAGUGUUAUCCGGAAUACAAAUCGGAACGGUACUUGGUAGUGCGCUAUCUGGGUUUCUGAUUGGCUAUUCGUCAAUAGGAUGGCCGAUAGUGUUCUACGUUUUCGGGGCAAUUGGUUUACUCUUCUACCCAUUUUGGAUUCUGCUGUGCUACGACAAGCCCGACACUCACCCAUUCAUCAGUGAGAAGGAACAGAACUACCUUGACGUCUCGACCAGCGACCAGCGGCAUAAAAGAACCAUCCAAGUCCCCUGGAGGCACAUACUGACAUCAAGAUCAGUCUGGGCUCUCCUGUUCGGAAGAGUAGGUUAUUCUUGGGGCCUUUACACGAUGGUCACGAACCUGCCAAAGUACAUGAAGAGCAUUCUAAAGUUCUCCAUCCAGACAAACGGACUUCUGACCGCUUUUCCAUACGUCAUACUUUUCUUCGUCAGUAAUGGAACAGCCUGGCUUGCAGACUGGCUGAUAAAGGCUGGCAAACUGUCUUGUAAAAAUAUGCGAAAAAUUUUUAUGACUAUUGCUUCCGUUGCAGCAGCUGUCUUUAUGAUCGCGGCGUCCUACGCUGGCUGCGACCGCGUACUCGUCGUCGUCUGCUUCACAGCUGGUAUCGGCGUCAUGGGGCUCUUUUACCCCAGUGUUAUAGUGAACCAGCUUGAUCUCGCUCCGAAUUAUUGUGGCUCAAUAGUCGCUUUAGCAGACACUGUCACAUCUUUGCUAGCAAUUCUUGCACCCUACAUGGUCGGUGUUCUAACUCCGAAUCAGACAUUGCCGGAGUGGAGAAUCAUCUUCUGGAUCACAUUCGCACUUUACGUUGUCUCUGUUACGAUGUACAAUAUAUGGGCCGACGGGGAGGUUCAAUACUGGAACGAUCCCGACUUUCGGGACAAUCCAAUUCAUAAAAAGAAAAUGCGCGUCAACCCAAAUGUCUCUGCAUCCGGAUAA